GGGGUUAGUUAAUCUAUGGAUGGCAAUGGGGGGGAUUUGAUGUAGUGAAAAAGAAAAGAAAAUCUAAACAUUAUCGAAAGUGAAGAGGGGUAUUUACAAUGGUGGAAUAAGAAGUACUGCAUUAAUGUUUCUAUCGAAAUUCAAGUGGAUCUGUUAUAUUUAAAAUAUCAACUGGUUUGUAUGUUGUAUUGAGAAGCUUUAAGCAGUGAAAUGCGAUCCUCAUGGGUUCCAGUGGCGCUGCUGGUGUCGUACUUAGUGCUGAUGUUCAUGGUCUCACGGCUGCUGGACUUGCUGGCCUGGUGUCACCAGGGGGCAGCUACCGACCUCGUGGAUCCUAUCAUGCUAAGUGUUCGCCAGCUUAAGCAGCUGCUGGAAUUGCGUGGAGUCAGUUACACUGGCUACUAUGAGAAGCGGGAACUUGCACAGCUUGUGCAAUCCUCAGCGGAUGUGUCACAAGGUGAACUGGAAGAAUUGGGGCGACUGGUGGGCGAGGAAGAGAGAGAACGGUUGGUGCGAACCCCCCAGACUUCACACUUCUCUGGCAGUGGCCAUUUCUAUGAGCAGGUGGAGGACACCAAAGACAGUGUAUGGUUGGUGCAGGUGGUGCCGUCUGGGGGCAGUGGGGAGCCUCUACUGGAUGACUACAAGUGGCGUAUCAUUCGCCAUCAUGUUGCCCCCUUUGCCAUCCGAACAGGAGUAUUUGAUUGCAAACUGGACCGGAGACUUUGCAAAACUAAAGGAUGGAACGAACCACUGCUGCUGCUUGCUAUGCCUAAGGGAACCACUCCAAAAGAUAAAGUUGUUAUAAGGACUUGCACAUACACCAGACCACAGCAUAUCAUCACCUGGCUGGCAGAACAGCUGUCUAUCCGGGUACAUAAGGUGGCAUCGAUCAAGGAACUGGAGGAGGGAUGGUUGGAGGGAGGCAGCAAUCAGACCACAGUUGACAGCCUGCGGGAAGUCAAGGUUUUGCUGCUCACUCACAUCCUACAUCCUCCGCUCUUCCUGGCAGCCCUCAGUAUCAAGUUUACAGGUAGGAUCAAGUUUGGGAUGAUGACAGUGAAGAAGGAAGAGGAAGGAGCAGUGAGUCAGAGGUUGAAGCAGGAGUUGCGGACGCCCAGCUACUUAGUGGUAACCCCUGAACAUACUCAGGUGUAUGGACGCAGACGUGGUGAGCACUACAACUUUUGGUCCAUGAAUGCUCUACUUCGAGCAGUCCAGCCUGACGCCAACGAUAUCUUCCUGCUUACUCUCCUUGUCACAAACAUGAUGGCAUUCCUGCAAAUAGUACAGAUUGGAUUCAUCACAUGGUGGAAGCGUCUAAUAAUCUUGAUAUGGACAUUUGCAACGUACAACCUCUACCUGUUUGCUGCUUGGCUGCUAAUAUUGAGCACAUAUCGCUGGCCUGUGCUGAGCACAGCCUCGGACCAGUUACUGGUCAUUGUCCGGAGCAUUGCCCUCACUGACCUUGGUAACAACUUGCGCAAUGAUUGCAUCUUGCUCUUCACACAUCCCCUGUUCUUCCUGGCAACAUUCCUGCUCUUCGUGUUCAUGACCAAGUGUUACAUAUCCGGUUCCAAUGUUGAGAGAGAAGGUGAAGAGCGUGCUUGGUGGGAAGUGCUCUCUCUGGAUUGCUUGUUCCGUCGCCCGAUGGCUUCACUAAGCAGGCCUCUCCCUCCUUCUGAGAUACAACUUGAGGAGGGUAUCGAACUAUUGAUUGAGCGGUUGGCUGUCCCACAUCUGUGGCUGCAGCCGACUGUGUUAGGAGGAGAUUACAUCAAAGAUCUACCGAUCUGGCGGUACCAGAGCCCUACGGAGGAUGACAGGGUAAGGCGAAAGAUAGUAGAGCUAAUGGAUGGAGACAACAGCAGGGAUGAUUCAUCCUCGGAAGAGAGGGAGGAAGAUUUAGUGGACUGCCCGGUGAAGGGGAUGCUGCCCACCACUUCGUGCGCUGUAUGUCUAGAAACAUACCAGGACAAUUCGGUGUUAUGUGGACUUCCCUGUGGUCACAACUACCACAAGCGCUGUAUACACAUGUGGCUCCACACUGACAACCACCACUGUCCCAUCUGUCGCUGGCCUGUCUACAAGAACAACCACCCCCGCUUCCAGCAGUAGUGGUCUUUAUACAUUCCUGUACAAAUUUUAUAAGUUUUGUUACCAUUUAUAAUCCUUGUAAAAAUAUUUUCUAUAUAUUUUAAUGAAAAUUGUGAUCUUUAAAUUUAUUAGUUUAUUGCCAUACUUAACUUUAUUGUAUAUAUGUAU